UAUAACCCUACUUUUUGUUGGCUGGAAGUGAAGUGUCAAAUUCUGGCGGUGGGUUUGUUUUUCUUACGAUUUUCUUACUUUUUUCACUGAAAUGACCACCAAGAUCAAUCAGAAGGAGUAUCUUAAGAAGUACCUCUCCGGAGAUGUGGGCGCCGAGAAGAAGAAAAAGAAAAAGAAGCGACCUGUUGUUGGGCAAACCGUGAAAAUCAUCGAUGAUGAUGUGGACGUUUCAAAGAUGGAACAGUUCAGGGAGAAUGACCUGGAAUUGUUCACCACCGGAGAAGAUGCGCCACAGGUUGUUGGAGUAAUUGAUGAGCGUCCGCCAGAAUUGAGAGCUUUGGACUUCAAGAACAACACCAAGUGGAAAGUCAUCAGCGAUGACAAUGGAUAUGAAUCCUCAUUGACUAUUCAACAGCUGGACAGAGAAUCUGGUCGGGUUGAGAAGUCGCACACAAGCAAACAUUCAGUGUCGAAGAAGAGGAGAAGCAGCACGGAUUCGUCUCCUGUUCGCCGAAAGAGAACUCCGGAUUUGUCUCCAGAGCGUCGCAGAAGCCGAGAUUCAUCUCCAGAUCGACGGAGGAAGAAGAGUCCUGAUUUAUCUCCAGAUCGACGGAGGAAGAAGAGUCCUGAUUUAUCUCCAGAUCGACGGAGGAAGAAGAGUCCUGAUUUAUCUCCAGAUCGACGGAGAAGGAAGAGUCCAGAUUUGUCACCAGUGCGCAGAAAAAGAAGUCCUGAUUUGUCUCCCGCGCGUCGAAGGAAGAAGCAUGGAAGAGAUCUGUCUCCAGCUCGUCGAAGAAGUCCUGAUCUGUCGCCGAAACGUAGAGGUUCUCCAGAUUUGUCUCCCGUAAGAAAGAGAUCAGACAGACGAGAUGACUUGUCGCCUCCGCGGAGAAGCAGGCAAGAAUCCGAUUACAAGCGUAGCAGAGAGUCUUCGAGCAAGAGAAGAAAGGAUUCCUCUAAAUCCCCUGAGAGAAGGCGUAAACGAAGAACUCCAGAUCUUUCUCUUCCGAGGAAAAGACACAGUCCAGAACCUUCAUCGUCGAGAAAAAAGUCUCCUGAUCUUUCUCCCAAGAGAAGGAAAAGUGAUCGAGAUCCUUCUCCUGACGGGGGUAAAAUGAAGAAAACGCUGGAGGGAAAGACCGCAGGUCUGCAGGACGCAAAGUCCUUACGGAUAGAGAGCGACAAGAUCAGGAAGCGCGACGCUGAGGCGUUUAGCAAGAUGAGCGAUGAGAUGUCUGGACGGAAUGCCACUAUGGUUUUGCGGGACAAGAGAACGGGCAGAAUCCGUGAUCUGGAGAAAGAGGCGGAAAAGGAGCGCGCCAAGGAGCGCAAGGAGCAGGAGAAGAAGGCGGUGUACGAUCGCUGGGGCAAAGGGACGAAGCAGGUGGAGGAUUUUCGACAGAAAAUAGAGGAAGAGAGCUACGAAAUGAGCAAGCCACUGGCCAGAUACUCCGACGACGCGGACCUGGACAAUUAUUUGAAGCAGCAGGAGCGUGAGGGCGAUCCCAUGCUGGAGUACAUUCGUCAGAAGGAGCGCGAGAAGAGGCAGGACAGCAAGGUGCCCACUGUGCCUGUGUACAGAGGUCCAUAUCCGGAGAAUAGGUUUGGGAUUCGGCCUGGGUAUCGAUGGGAUGGGGUGGACAGGUCGAAUGGCUUCGAGAAGAAGUGGUUCGACAUGCAGAACAAGAAGAAGGCCAUCCAGGAGGAGGCUUAUCGCUACAGCACGGAGGAUCUAUAGACUGGCCGUACAAAUGGAGAAGUUUAUGUGUGGCAAAGUGUGAGAUUACACGCUAAUAAAUUAA